UUUUAUUAAAUAGAAUUGGAAUAUUUUAUUAACUAACAUAGGUAAGUCAUCUUUUAAUUAUUUUGAAUUAUAAAUAUAAUAAUGUGUCUUUGUUAAAAAAAUAAUAAUAAUUUAAUACAUUGUAAAAAAAUAAUUAAAUUGUUUUAUUAUUUAUAUUUUCUUUUUAUGUCUGAAGUGUUACAUUUCAAUAGAGAUAAUAUAUAAAUAUUACACGUUAUAUUUCAAUAUAAAGAAAAUUUAGAUAAAAAUAAAAAUAAUCAUAGAAUAGAAAUACUUAAUUUUUAUAAAAAUUAAAUACUUUUAUUGUAUGCAUAUAGUGUAUCAAUAUAUACUGCACCGAUAUUAAUAUUUUUAAGAAUAAUUAUUUUAUAAGAAAACGCACAAUUCUUAUUUUCUUAAUGCUAAUGUAAUUUAUAUAUUUUUUGUACAAUUAUUUAUAAAUAUUCAAAUAUGUGAAUAGAUUGUACAAUUUUCUUUGUUGAAUAUAGGAUUUCAUAUCAAUUAUAUUGACUAACAAAAAUAAGAAAAUAAUAUUUAGUUAUAUAUAUUAAAUGAUAUUCCUUUCAUAACCUUUAAACUAUAUUCUUUUCUUUUUUUUUCCAUGUUCCUGUCUCCUUUUUUUUUUUUUUUUGAUAAAAAAAUGUUUUUAAUUAAAAAAAUUCUAUUUUAUUUUAAUAUUCUUUAUAACAAAUAAUUAAAAUUAAUUAAACAAAAAGAUGAUUCAUUGUUAAUUUUUUAAAAAUUUUAAUUUAAAUAAUUGAGAUGGCAGCACUAAAUAUAAUUGCUAUUAUAUGACUACUACAAAUUAACGGAUUACAUUUAAACUCGUGUAUUAUCGGUUGUAAGUUGCGCGCGCAAAUUAACCCACGUGGUAGGGAUUACAAAAUUCCAAUUGGCCCUGUGCACAAUACGAAAUACGUGUGACAAGAGGUGCCCUCUAUCAUAUACGAAACGUUCAUCCCUUUCACAGAACUCCUGUUCUUUCCCAGGGAGUCCGCCAUUGUUGGUGCACGUAUAUUUCUGACCAGGCCAACGGAUAUCGGACAACAUCCAAAAUGGUGAACUUUACGGUGGACGAGAUACGUGCCAUGAUGGACAAAAAGAAAAAUAUUAGAAAUAUGUCUGUCAUUGCGCAUGUUGAUCAUGGAAAGUCAACUCUGACUGACUCCCUUGUGUCCAAAGCCGGUAUUAUUGCUGGUGCUAAAGCUGGUGAGACCAGAUUCACAGAUACUCGUAAAGAUGAGCAGGAACGUUGUAUUACCAUUAAAUCUACUGCUAUUUCUAUGUUCUUUGCCCUUGAGGAGAAAGAUUUAGUUUUCAUUACAAAUCCUGAUCAACGUGAUAAAGAUGAAAAAGGUUUUUUGAUUAACCUUAUUGAUUCACCUGGUCAUGUCGAUUUCUCUAGUGAAGUAACUGCUGCUCUUCGUGUAACUGAUGGAGCUCUUGUAGUUGUUGAUUGUGUAUCUGGUGUCUGUGUACAAACGGAAACUGUACUUCGUCAAGCUAUCGCUGAACGUAUAAAACCAGUAUUGUUCAUGAACAAAAUGGACAGAGCACUUUUGGAACUCCAACUUGAUAGUGAAGAUCUUUAUCAAACUUUCCAACGUAUUGUUGAAAAUGUUAACGUUAUUAUUGCAACAUAUUCAGAUGAUGAUGGUCCCAUGGGUGAAGUUAGAGUAGAUCCUAGCAAAGGUUCAGUUGGUUUUGGAUCUGGUCUUCAUGGUUGGGCAUUUACAUUGAAACAAUUUUCUGAAAUGUAUGCUGAGAAAUUUAAAAUUGAUGUUGUAAAACUUAUGAAUAGAUUAUGGGGAGAAUCAUUCUUUAACCCCAAAACUAAGAAAUGGAGCAAGCAGAAGGAAACGGACAACAAACGAUCCUUUUGCAUGUAUGUCUUAGAUCCAAUUUAUAAGGUAUUUGAUAGUAUUAUGAAUUAUAAAAAAGACGAAGCGGAUAAUUUACUUCAAAAAUUAGGAAUUGUUUUAAAACCAGAAGAUAAAGAUAAAGAUGGUAAAGCUCUUCUUAAGGUUGUUAUGAGAACAUGGUUACCAGCUGGAGAAGCUUUGCUUCAGAUGAUUGCUAUUCAUUUACCAUCUCCUGUCACUGCUCAAAAAUAUCGCAUGGAAAUGUUAUAUGAAGGUCCUCUUGAUGAUGAGGCUGCAAUUGGUAUUAAAAAUUGUGAUCCAAAUGGGCCACUCAUGAUGUAUGUUUCAAAAAUGGUACCAACCUCUGAUAAAGGACGUUUCUAUGCUUUUGGUCGUGUAUUCUCUGGAAAAGUAAGCACUGGAAUGAAAGCACGUAUCAUGGGGCCUAACUUCCAACCGGGUAAAAAAGAAGAUCUUUAUGAGAAAGCUAUCCAGCGUACAAUUUUGAUGAUGGGUCGUUACGUUGAAGCGAUUGAAGAUGUGCCUUCUGGUAAUAUUUGUGGACUUGUUGGUGUUGAUCAAUUCUUAGUAAAAACUGGUACUAUAACCACUUUUAAAGAUGCACAUAACAUGAAAGUUAUGAAAUUUUCGGUUUCACCUGUCGUCCGUGUUGCUGUCGAACCCAAAAAUCCAGCCGAUUUACCCAAAUUAGUCGAAGGUCUUAAACGUUUGGCAAAAUCAGAUCCUAUGGUACAAUGUAUUAUUGAAGAAUCAGGAGAGCACAUUAUUGCUGGAGCUGGAGAACUUCAUCUUGAAAUUUGUUUAAAAGAUUUAGAAGAAGAUCAUGCUUGUAUACCUAUUAAGAAAUCGGAUCCCGUCGUUUCUUAUAGAGAGACAAUUUCGGAACAAUCAAAUCAAAUGUGUCUUUCAAAAUCACCUAACAAGCAUAAUCGUUUAUUCAUGAUGGCAUGUCCAAUGCCUGAUGGUCUUGCUGAAGAUAUCGAUAGUGGUGAAGUUAAUCCAAGGGAUGAUUUCAAAGUACGUGCUCGUUAUUUAAAUGAAAAAUAUGAUUACGAUGUGACUGAAGCUAGAAAGAUUUGGUGUUUUGGACCUGAUGGAACUGGUCCCAAUAUUCUUGUAGAUUGUACGAAGGGAGUACAAUAUCUUAAUGAAAUUAAAGAUUCUGUUGUAGCUGGAUUCCAAUGGGCCACGAAAGAGGGUGUUCUUUCGGAAGAAAAUUUAAGAGGUGUACGCUUCAAUAUUCACGAUGUAACGUUACAUGCUGAUGCUAUUCAUAGAGGUGGUGGUCAAAUUAUUCCUACCACAAGACGUUGCCUUUAUGCUUGUCUCCUCACUGCCUCUCCUCGACUCAUGGAACCAGUUUAUUUAUGUGAAAUUCAGUGCCCUGAAACAGCUGUCGGUGGUAUUUAUGGUGUGCUUAACCGAAGAAGAGGUCAUGUAUUUGAAGAACAACAAAUCGCUGGUACACCUAUGUUUGUAGUUAAAGCAUAUCUUCCAGUUAAUGAGUCCUUUGGCUUUACUGCCGAUUUACGUUCUAAUACCGGAGGACAAGCUUUCCCACAAUGUGUAUUCGACCACUGGCAGAUUUUGCCUGGUGAUCCAAUGGAACCUAACUCUAGACCUUAUCAAGUCGUGCAGGAAACACGUAAAAGAAAAGGAUUAAAGGAAGGUCUCCCAGAUUUGAAUGCAUACCUUGACAAAUUGUAACCAUAGAUUCGCGCACCAUAUUUAAAUAUCUAUUUAAAUAUUGUAAUUCAAUUAAUAUCGCUCGGACCGUAUACAAUCUACAUCGGUUUAUUAUGAACUUUGUUUUGCGCAAAGAACCGUAAAAAUCACAUGAUUAUAAAUAUGGGAAAAAAUAAUAAAUUGUAAUUAUAAUGGAAAGUACAUAUAUUAGCGCAAGGAGAAAUAUUUUAUACAUUUAUUUAAUUAAGCAUGCCACAUUAUCAAGAUCUCUAGUGGCUUUGUUUUUAGCAUAUCAGCAUCAGAUAAAAAUUCAAUUGUUAUUUUUAUUAUGGUGAUAACUUAUUGCCAAUUUCGUAUAAAAAAAUACGAACAAAAAAACCGUAAUUUUUUACAUUGCUUUUUUACCAUAAUUAGUUUUAAUUUUUCUGUUUGUGUUCUCAAACAAUUGGACGAAUUUUAAAGUUAUCUGAUAAUAAAAUCAACAGCAAUGUACUCAUUGAAACAAUACAUCAAGAAAUUAAAGAUGGAAUUAUAAAAGCAAA